GAGAUCCUGGCUCUACAGUACAUGAGAAGCGCCAUUCCCACAAACGCUAUUAUAUAACAAGAACGCCAAUGAUUGCAUGCCAUUCUCGAGCUAUCACGUACGAUUCAAAACGUUAGCUCAUAAUUACCCCAGAGCCUCAAUGAAGCCACCCUUUCUACUCUUCUUCCCCGCAAAAUGAAUGCCGAAUCUGGUAUCUCAUCAUCAGCAACACGCGCGGCACGAGACCCAGCACGCAUGCCUGGCAAGUGCCUUAUUCGUCCAAUUGUGCAUGUACUGCAUGGUAAUAUUUAUAUAUUUGGAGAUAGGAGCAAAAAGAGAAUCCAGAUGCAACCAACCAGCUGUGGCUGCCUCGUAUCGCUCACAUCAUAUCUAUUCUUUAGCCAAUUAUGUAUCUUAUCAUGAGAAUCUAGAACGAACAACAACAGCUACAUGUGUUAUUACUUCGGCCAAUGUUUCAUCCCUUAAACCUACACCCAUAUCGUCUGUCUUUCCAUCUAUCUACAGUGGGCUGGUGGAUCGGUUUCCAUUUCCCGGGGGAGGCUCCAGGCGGCCCCAUCCCCUAGCUGCUAGCGCUGAGGCCCGCUGUAGGGCGCGCGGGGCCGCUGGUUUCCUCCACCAAAUGCAGUAUAAGUUCGCCGGCAGACUCCGCACCCCUUUGGUCGCCGGCCUAGCAUCAUUGAUAUGGGCGUCAACGGCGGAGAGUGCGAGAUAGCAGCCUGUUGCGGUUAGGCGUGGAGGUAACAGCGAGAAGGGAUCUA